AUGAAGAAUUCUAAGUGUGAAGAAAAAAAAAAUUUACUCAUUUACGACAAAUCGACCAAUAUAGGAUGCAUUUAUUUUAUCGGGAUUAGUAGCAAUUUUUAUAAAGGGAAAAUGAUUUUAAAAAAAAAUUGUGUUAGUGAUAAGAUAGUGAGAUAUACUAAUUUAAAUGAUAACCUUAUGCUAAUAAGGGAUGGAAAUUAUAACUUUAAACAGACAGCGAUAUUAAUCAAAGGAAUAACUAUAUUUUUACAUAGACAAUUAGAAGUGUUAUUAGCCGAUUUUUAUUCUAUGUAUAAAAGAUGCUUAUAUAGUAGUCUAAAUACAGAAUAUGGAGUAAAUAAUAAUAUGAAAAAACAUAAAACGAAAAAAGGAAUGAGAAUAAAAAAGAAAUUAUUAUGCUUACAAAAUGGUGUAGGUAUAAGUGGAACGAAUGAUAUGCUUAUUAAUGAUAAACAUAAUAAUAAAAAUAAACACAUAUCAAAUAUAAAUGAUCUAAUGUUAAAAGAAUACAAUAUGUAUAAUAAUGAUUAUGAUUAUAAUUUUGAAAAUAUUGAUAUUUAUAAUGAUGAUAAAUUUUUGUAUCAAGAUAUGCUAACACGCACUUCUUCAUUUGAUUAUUCAAAAUAUAAUAAUUUUUAUACAAUUAAUAAUGAUAUGAUGAAUAAUCUAAUCACAAAAGGGGGUACAGGUGAAAUAAAGAUGAAUUUAAAAAUGAAUAAAAAUACAAAUGAUAUGCUACUAAAAUACAAUAUACAAAAUGGGACAAUAAAUAAAAAUAUAAACACAAAUAAGCAUUCUAAUGAUAGCUUAUUUGCAAACAGAAAUAUAGACACUAAAAAUUUGUCUCUAAGAAUGACACAUGACAGUUUUAUAAUAAAUGGAAAUGCCAUACAUAUGCAAAAUAAUAAAGACCUGAAAAAUGGAAAUAAUAUAAACAUAAAUUAUAAACCUAAGGAUAGCGACAUGAAAAAUUCCAAUAACAAUAACAAAGGUAAAAGACUGUUUGCCCAAAUUGAUGAAGAAAUACUUUUAAAAGAUAGUGUUUGGUAUGAUUCAAAAAAUAAUAAGAGAAAUCCUCUUAUGCCACUCACAAAAAGAAAAAAAGGUGAUACUCAUUUGGAUCAUAUGAACCAUUUUUUUUAUUUUUUCAAAAAUCCAUUUAAAAAUAAUUCAUAUAAUGCUAUUGUUUCUUUCAAUUUAUAUGAGCAAGCAAAAAAUUCUAUGACUCAUGAUGCAAGAAAAGAAUUAUAUAAAACAUUUGAAAAAAAAAUAAUCGAAAAUGAACAAAAUUAUGAAUCAUUUUCUACAUCGAAUGGAAUUCAAACAAAAUCGACAUUAUCUUCUAACGAUGAUUUAAAAAAAAAAGACAAAGGAGAAAGGGGAAUAGGAGGUAUGUAUUUUGAGCAAAUAAGAGGAAAUAUUAACAAUGAUUAUUUUAUGGAUAUGGAAUUAGAUAAUAAUGAAAUAAAAAAAAUGGGUUAUACAAAAAGUUCAAAUCAUUUUUAUUCUAACAUAUCGGAUGAUAUCGGUUAUGAUUUUAAUAAAAUAAAUUCUUCUGAAAUUAAUAUGAAAGAAAAACCAUUUAAUUUAAACGAUUCAUAUCUUGAUAAAACAAAUCAAAGUGACAAAAUCACUCAUCAAAACAGUCUUUUGCAACAAAUUUUUACUAAUAGUACUUUUAAUGAUACUUCGAAAGAGACACUUAGUGUUCCAUCAAGUAUUUUAAUUAAAAGACGAUCAUGUACUUACUCACAAAACAAUUAUGAUAAAGAAUUAUUAAGAAUAAAAAAUUAUUUAUAUAAAAUAUCUGAACACAAUAAUGAUGUGAUUCAAUUAGAUAAAGCAUUUCCAUUGUAUCAAAUGUCUAGUAAACAAAUAUCAUUAGUUUUCUAUAAUUUGCUUGUCCUCGCAUCAAAUGAAGAAAUAAACUUAAACCAGAAGUUUCCCCAUAAAAGCAUAUAUAUUCAAGUUUUACAUAGUUAA